UCGCAUCUUUCCAGCUCCUUCACUUAAAACCAGUUCUAGUUUCUACACGGUGGGGAUGCGCUUUUGAUUGCAGAGAAAGAGCUUUUCCAGAACUCUCAUCUAUGUCAUUUGAUAUCAAAUCUCGGAUUUAUACUGGAGGCCAAUGGGUGGAAGCUAUAUAUAGGACCUAGUAUAUCUGUCUUGCUCGUCUUCCUCAGACUUUCGAGACACUCGGAGUUGGGCGCGCGCGUGCAUGGUUACAGGUUAUAGGCUGGAGCCAAUAUCGAAUAUAUCGGGGAACCACGGCACUUGUAUACGGGUGGACAGUAUCUACAAUCGGUGUUUUUGAUUUUUCAGGGUUUUAAAUAUAGUCAAACUCGCCCUUAUCAUCCUUACACCCACUCCGGAUGUAUUCCCAAAUCGUUGUGGUGUAAUUUAGUUGAUGCCCAGCGCUCUUGGGUGCAACUUUACAUCUGGGUUCUCAGAAGAAAAUCAUAGGGAGAUACCUCGCGCUAGUCAGGUAGCCUAGUUGUCAACCCGCCUUAUUGUUUUACUGCGACUAAAGCGACAGUUUCCUUGAAGGUUUGGAGAUUUCCAAAACGUUUCCAAAAAUCUAGUUGCUCCCCAUUCCAGCAAAUAAUAAUGAAGGAGUUUUCAAUAACUUCAAUAAGUUAUUUUAAAAUGUAUAGGCCUAUUGUUUUUUUAUGAAGUGGUCGAAUUAAUUUUUAUUUGCAUGUUGCCAUCAAAUUUGAAGUUUGGAUUUCAGCAAUGAGAGAGCGAUGGGACUUAUCGCAUUAUCUAGCGGUGUUCUUCUCGAUGAUGGUACUGUGGCAGUCAAGAUCAAUAGUGGAAUCGUCUGCAUAUGCUUCAGAGGCCUUCAAAAACAACAUCACUCUGUUCACACGGAUUUUGGACCGCCUUCUGGAUGGCUAUGACAACCGAUUACGACCUGGACUUGGAGAUCGGGUGACGGAGGUGAAGACUGAUAUUUAUGUCACAAGUUUCGGUCCAGUGUCAGACACAGACAUGGAGUACACUGUGGACGUGUUCUUCCGUCAGAGCUGGAUUGACGAGCGGCUGAAGUUCAACGGGCCCAUGAACAUCCUGCGGCUGAACAACCUGAUGGCCAGUAAGAUCUGGACGCCCGACACUUUCUUCCACAACGGGAAGAAAUCCGUGGCUCACAACAUGACCAUGCCCAACAAACUACUCCGGAUCAUGGAGGAUGGAACACUGCUGUACACUAUGAGGUUAACAGUCCAGGCAGAAUGUCCCAUGCACCUCGAAGAUUUCCCUAUGGAUUCCCACUCCUGUCCACUGAAGUUUGGCAGCUAUGCCUACACAAUGGCCGAAGUGACGUACAUUUGGACCCGAAACGCAUCAGCGUCAGUGGAGGUAGCAUCAGAUGGAUCCAGACUGAACCAGUAUCACCUUCAAGGACAAACUGUGGGGACAGAGACCAUUAAAUCAAGCACUGGUGAAUACACUGUCAUGACGGCCCACUUCCACCUGAAGAGGAAGAUUGGCUACUUUGUGAUCCAGACCUACCUGCCUUGCAUCAUGACUGUCAUCCUCUCCCAGGUCUCCUUCUGGCUCAACCGAGAGUCUGUACCCGCCAGAACUGUCUUUGGUGUGACCACUGUGCUCACUAUGACGACUCUCAGUAUUAGUGCCCGUAACUCUCUGCCGAAGGUGGCCUACGCCACGGCCAUGGAUUGGUUCAUCGCGGUGUGCUACGCCUUCGUGUUCUCUGCCCUCAUCGAGUUUGCUACCGUCAACUACUUCACCAAAAGAGGCUGGGCCUGGGAUGGCAAAAGUGUGGUCAACGUCAAGCAGAAGAAGGAGGUGUCCGCCAUGAAGAAGAACAACGCCUAUGCCGUUGCCGUGGCAAACUAUGCCCCGAACAUCACCAAGGACCAAAGUGGUCUGCCCACCAUCUCCAAGAGUGCCACCUCUGACCCCAACAAGGCCAAGCCAGAGGUCAAGCCAGAGCAGAACAAGAAGACUUUCAACAGCGUCAGCAAAAUCGACCGUAUGUCCCGGAUUAUGUUCCCCGUGCUCUUCGGUGGUUUCAACCUGGUCUACUGGGCCACCUACCUGAACAGAGAACCAGUCACAAAGGACAUGGUUCCGUCCAAAUGAAUACUAAAUAUUUACUUUGCAAAGAGACAGGACUCACUUUACACUGCCGGCCCAUGACUGAUGAUCUGUGUGCUUUUUAUGUCUUUGAGUUUGGCUAAAUGGAGCCGUGGCACGCACUGGAGUCAGUAUGGUUGCUUUCUAUUGCAGGUGCAUUCAUUACAAGAAGAUAGGCAGGUAAAUUAUGUAAUUUGUUUGAGAGUUUAUACUUGUAAAAGAGGUUAACGUUAACUUUAAAGUGGUGUAAGGAUUUUAUAUUUAUAUAAGUAAAGAAACCUCUGAUGCUUUCUCUAACUUCUAUUUGAGGUUCUGAUUAAUGAACCUCAAAGAAAACAACUGCCAUGAUUCAAUCAACACGAAAACUAGUGACCAAAUCCUUAUUAUAACCCUGUAUUGAAGACUCCUGUAUUUGAAUGCACAGACACCAAUUUCCUGUUUUUGUUCCAUAAUUAACCCUCACCAUGCCCUUCAUAUCUUACAUACUGUACAUGUUCACGUUUGAGCUUUUCUUUAUGUUUAUUGGAUAAAUGAAUAAGUUAGAAAUAAUCACACACAGUGAACACAGAUA